ACUGCGGACACAGUGCAGGAGAUGACCAGAGACUGCGGACACAGUACAGGAGAUGACCAGAGACUGCGGACACAGUACAGGAGAUGACCAGAGACUGCGGACACAGUACAGGAGAUGACCAAGAGACUGCGGACACAGUACAGGAGAUGACCAAGAGACUGCGGACACAGUACAGGGAUGACCAGAGACUGCGACAGUGCAGGGGAUGACCAGAGACUGCGGACAGUACAGGGAAUGACCAGAGACUGCGGACACAGUGCAGGAGAUGACCAGAGACUGCAGACAACAGUGCAGGAAAUGACCAGAGACUGCAGACAGUGCAGGAAAUGACCAGAGACUGCAGACA